AUGGGACGCUUAUCGCACACUGAGGCUCUCCUCGGCCCAGAGCUCUUCAAGAAGGUCCGCACUACUCCGAUCCUGGUCGUUGGCGCGGGUGGCAUUGGUUGUGAGCUGCUGAAGAACCUCGUUCUGGUCGGAUUCAGCAAUAUCGAGAUCAUUGACCUCGACACCAUCGAUCUGUCGAAUCUCAACCGCCAGUUCCUCUUCCGCAAGCCGGACAUCUCCAAGUCGAAGGCUCUCGUGGCUGCGGCUACGGCUCGCCACUUCAACCCCUCGUCGGGCAUCGAAAUCCACGCCCGCCAUGGAAACGUCAAGGAGGCGUCGAAUGACAUCGAAUGGAUCUCCAAGUUCGGUCUCGUGAUGAACGCCCUCGACAACAUGGACGCAAGGAGGCAUGUCAACAAGCUGUGCCAGGCGGCCAAUGUACCCCUCGUCGAGUCCGGUACGGCGGGAUACCUGGGACAGGCGACGCCUAUUGUUCACGUACGGUGCACCCUGCAGAAGAAAGCUGACCAUCAGGACAAAACCGAGUGCUACGACUGCGUGUACAAGCCUGCCCCCAAGUCGUUCCCGGUAUGCACUAUCCGCUCCACCCCGAGCGAGCCUAUCCACUGCAUAGUCUGGGGCAAGAGCUACCUCUUUGGCAAGCUCUUUGGAGAGGACGACGAGGCUGUGGACGAGGCGGAGCUCGACAAGGCAAAGGAGGAAGGCGAGAAUGCGGAGGAGAUCGAGAAUCUGAAGAAGGAGGCUGCCGCGUUCCGAGAGGUGCGCCGUUUGCUCGGCGAAGAAGACGGACCGCAGCGAGUCUUCCGCAAGGUAUUCCACGAUGACAUUAACCGUCUUCUGGCCAUGGAGGACAUGUGGAAGGUUCCGGGACGCGUCAAGCCAGUGCCUCUGGACUAUGAUGAAAUCAUGGAUGGCACUUUCGUAGCGCCGCCCCCUCGCGCGCCUGCUCAAGCUGCCCCUGCUGCCAGCACCGCCAAUGGUGCUACGACGUCCGCGAAGCUGAAGGAUCAGAAGGAGCUCUCGCUGAAGGAGAACCUCGAACUCUUCAUCGACAGCUGCAAGCGUCUGUCGGCUCGCGCCAUCGCCAACCCGGAUGUCAUCCUGUCUUUCGACAAGGACGAUGAUGACACCCUGGAUUUCGUUCUCGCUGUCGCGAACCUCCGUGCAACCGCUUAUGGCAUUCCCACUCGCACUCGAUUCCAGGUCAAGGAGAUCGCUGGUAAUAUCAUCCCGGCCAUUGCCACAACCAACGCUGUUAUUGCUGGCAUGGUCGUCAUGCAGGCGCUGCAGCUGCUGGUUCGCAACGAGUCGACUGUCUACAAGCGUCACUACCUCGGUCCUAUUCCUAUCAAGCCCAUUGGCAACGAGACCGCGGAGGGCCCGAAUCCGAACUGCUCUGUCUGUCGUGAUAUCUAUAUCCCCUUCAAGGUCGACGUCAACAAGUGCACUCUUGGCGAGUUUGUCAACGAGGUCGUCAAGAAGUGGCUGGUUCCCGGGCUGUCGGGCGAUGAUGACGAGCUGGAAGCCAGUAUUCUUGAGGGUGGUCGGAUUCUCGCCGACCCGGACUUCGAGGACAACUUUGAGAAGACACUGGCGGAGCUCGGCCUGGAGCGGAACAAGAUGAUCACGGUUCUCGACGAGGACGACAAGUACCGACCAAUCCAGUUCUGUAUUCUGGAGCCUUCGGAUGCGCAGGGCAACUACUCUCUGCCGGAGCAGCCUCCUACGAUUCCGGAGCGACCGCCGAAGGCGAAGGAGGAUGCCGAGUCAGAGGACGAGGACGACAUCGCGGUGCUGACUGCCCCGCCAUCGAAGUUCCCGUCGCCUGCACCCGAGGGGCAGACCAUCAAGCGCAAGCGUUCGGCUGCCGAGGGAGAGGAGGUUCCGGCGAAGAAGACGCGAACGGGCGCGGGUGCGGAGGACGCCAUCGAGCUCGAUUAG